CGGGGUUCAGUCGAGCGACUGCUGCCUACAUUUUAUGAUGCCACCAGAGCUGCUUGUUUAAAAGGGGUGACUUCUGCGGAUUUCUGACAAUGUCUUCGAAGUCCAAGACAACGCCACCUCAACUCUUAUCUAGAUACUUGCAUUUCGGAACAAAUCAGACGCCCAUAGUCCACUUUCUUUGUGGGUAUUUAGUUCGGGGCUAAUCAUACGCAAUCAUUGUUGCCUAGCUGAUAUGUCGUUCCAGCUGCGGAAGGCCGUCUUAUCGGACACACCGGCUAUCACGGACGCCUUCUACGACGCAUUUGACAGACACCCCGUCACCCACCGUGUAUUAAUGCCACGCUCGGAAUCCACAGAGGCAUUCUGGUCCGAGUCUGUUCAAGGCGAUAUACAAGAUCCCCAAGGGCACUACUUCGUCGUAACCGAUCCGGCUUCUGCGACCCCGGAGAGGAUCAUCGCGUUCGGCAAAUGGCGCGAGCCGGUCACGGCCGCGUCUUCCCCUCCACCGCCGAUUCCAAGCUGGCCGGAGGGUGGUGAUGUAGUCUUCGCUGAACUCUUCUUCGGGAUGGUUAAGACCAAGCACGACGAGAUAAUGGGGGAGCGCCCCCAUUGGUACCUAGAAAUUCUGGGCGUCCGCAAGGAGUACCAGGGGAGGGGGGUAGGCAGGCGGCUUGUGGAAUGGGGCGUGAGCAAGGCCGAUGAGGAUGGAGUCGAAGGAUUCCUGGCUGCGAGCCCGUUCGGGUUCCAUCUUUAUGCGAAGUACGGGUUCGAGAUCGUUGAGAAGGUCGAGGUGGACAUCGGCGCUGCUGAGCCAUACGUGGAACGGUUUAUGCUCCGGAAGGCUAAGGACUCCCCGGCAUGAGCAUGUCUACAUAUCGCGGGAUGCAACCAAUGAUGUCGCGAGCGAGUGGAACGCAAAGGCGGGCAGCACGGUAUAUAUCCCUUUUCAGGGGACAAC